GCUCUAUAGUCAUACAAUAGAGGUAAAAAUUUACUUGUUUUGAAUUCUUACCAAGUCUAUUUUUAGCAAGAUCAAGAAGAAGAGGAUAGUUUAGAUAGCAAUGAUGUUAUCCACAUGCUGGAGUCACUCAAGGUUCAAGAAAAUGACGCUAUUUCAAUCCUAGCAAGUAUCUUUGAAAUUCAAGUAUAUGUUGGUGAGAAAAUGUUUGAUAAAGCCUAUCAAUUAUUUGAGUUACACGAAAAUCUACCUGAGUGUUCAUUUUCUAUAUUAAAACGCAUGGCUGGGAUUAUUAUACUUCAACCUCAUUGUCCUAUGGAUUAUACCUUUCUUGUGGUCAAAAAAUUGCACUUGUCCUCAAAGCUCUCUCAGUUGAGUAUUGAUGACUAUGCUAAAUGGACGCGGAUCCUCGUCUCUGUAGCUCUCAAAAGAAACAAUAGUCAAGACUUGUUUGAUUGCUUUGUAACUAUUCUUCAACAUCAGCUCUAUAAAAAGGCUGAAUAUCCUCAGCAUCAAUUGUACUACUUGAUAGUCAUUGCUUGGAACGAAGGCAUCACAUGCUGCUUCAGAUCAAACCCUCAAGGGAAAAACUGGUGUAGGAUUGCAUUUGAAAUAUUGGCUUAUUUUAAUCAAGAUGAAGAAAAGAAACAUGCCCUUGAGGAGCAGAUGAGUGAUGCCUACAGGCUGUUUGAAAGCAGUGAUUGAAAAACAGUCUGAUUUAAAAUGUACUUCAUAGAAAGCCUCCUUGAGUAAUAAUAACAAUGAUAAUAAUAAUAAUAAUAAGCUUAAC